UAUUGCUUUCUAGUUUUAGUCAUAGUUUAAAACCCAUCUAAAUCAUUGGUUGCACUUAGAUUAAGUGAGUACUUGCAUUCUCAGUGCUUUGAUAUCUCUCAGAACUGGUUCGACAAUCAUUUAUACUACAACAUUUGUCUUAGGAGCCUUGAAAACUCCUAACAUCAGUAAGAUAUGCCAAUACUUAUAUUCUCCAAAGCUUAAUCGUAUGUUCAAAAAUGCUUAUGACUAAAUAAUGAUAAGCCAUUAUUUGAGCAUCGUUUCUGGCUAAGUUUACCAUCAUAUUUAUCCAAAGCAUAUUACAAGAAAUCAAGAUGUUUGAUAUGGUAGCUUAAAGUUCUCUAUUCUCAGCAUCAACUAAUAAUUAAUAACUCUAAAAAUGCUAAAUUCGAACAAAUAAAGGAUUCUAUAUGUCAUCAUCAUCUUCAUCACCUUAACCAAAGUUGGUGGAUAUUUUUUUCCUACAAAUCAUAUUCGUUACCAAUUCGAAAUGAUCAAAGAUAAAACAUUAUUCUCCGGGACCUUGAAUCUCAUGACUUUAUGUGUGAUGUAAUUAAUGGAAGAGAGCCAUUUGGAUGACAAGCAAAUUUACAAGAACCACCAAAACUUUCAUGCAAAAGAAUAAGGACAUAAGGGAUAUUAUCGUUUCCUUUUGUGAUAAAAUUCCUAUAUCCAAAUCUAAUCUAUUUUCUGUUACAUAUACUUCAUGUCUAAUGUCGACCAAAUGACAAAAUAAAUUAAUAAUUUUCAUGUCUAACAAUAACGUUAAAGUUGUCCAAUUUCAUUGGUAUCCCAUUUUAUUAGUUAGAGUCAAAUGUUUUUUUGGAAGAGAAAUAUUGGUUAUUUUAGAUUCGACUCACAGUACAAAAAAAAAUCAGAUAUACUCCAUUGUAAUUAGGGCUGGAUCGGAUAUCCAAAUUUUUUAGAAAUAUUUGUCAUUUGCUUCGUAUAUUACGGAUACCAAUUUUUUCGAUUUGCUUUGCUCCAGAUAUCCGUAACAUACAAAGAUAAAAAAUUUAUAGGUAUUUGUGAUUUGCUUUGUACAUUAUAGAUAUCAAAUUUUUCUAUUUGUUUUGCUCCGGAUAUUUGUAACAUACUUAUAGAUGUAUCUUUUCAUUUUAGUUAAUACAAAUAAUCUAGAAAAAAAUUAGGUUAAUUUUUUUUAUAAAUAUUUUUACAUGAUCUAUAAUUAAAAAUAAAAAAAUAAAAGAAGCAAUGAAUAUGUUUGUAAAUUUUAAAAUUAGUUAUAAAAAGACAAACUUAAGAAAAAGUUAUAGUUAUCAUAAUUUUUUUCCUUUUUAAUACUUUUAUAAGUAAUAAUGUGAAUAAAAUUAAUUAAAUAAUGCGUUAAAAUAACAAUUACAGAAGCUCAUACAUUUAAAAUUACAUUUAAAAUUACUUCAUGUAGAUUGUUGCUUUAGAAACAUUACACAAAUAUUUCAAGAUCUAGAAUUUUGUUGAAACAUUUAGGUUCUUUAUAAAUUAAUCACGAGUCGAAAUAUGGUUAAGGCUCUUAUACUCAAUGCAGUUCUAAAUGAAGAAUUUUGAUAAAGGUCAGGGUUCAUAUCUGCAAAUAUAGAGAGCUGGAACCCAAGUCUCUGUACCAUUUUUUUUCUCCCAAAUCUGUCAAUAGAUAGGCUUAUAUUUCAAGCUAAAAAACAUUGAGAAGCCUGAAAUAUGUCAGUCACCGUUUAUCAGAAUUAUCUAAAAAUCUCUUUAUGAGAAUAUUUUUCCCCAUUAAACUAUGGUUUUGGUUUGCAUUAGUAUGUUGAAUAUCUUGAACACCUGUUUCAAGAAGACUCAAAAGAAAUUAUCUUGUAUUCAGUUCAAGUUUCCUGUUUGUUCUUUGCUUCUUCACAAAGGUCUCUGUAAACCUAAGGAGCAAAUUCACAAGUUGAAUAGAGAUACCAAAGAUAACUUCAAUGGAUAAAACGAUCACUUUUCUUUACCUGCAUGAAAAGUUAUCUUUUCCUCUUCACACACAAAGCCACACAUAUACAUACAAACACAGACGCAAAUUAAGACACACCAAAUAUUUAUAUUUACUCUUUUUAACAUUUUCACCCACUUUUUAGUCAAAAAAAAAACAUUUUCACCCACUUUGACAUCUCUUUUACCAUAACAUUAUGCCUCCUUUCCGUUUUAACAUUCCUUUCUUCUCCUACGGCUCUCCUUCUCGUCCCUCUUCAUCAGGGACUUCUUCCCCAUCACCACCCCCACCUCCUCCUACUUCUUCCCGCCCUCCUUUUCGCCCUGGUGGCAUCGCUCAUCCGUCAAAGCCAGCCACGUCGCAAGAAACAAAGCCCAAGGUGUCACCUUCGCUUUCUAGGUCUAAAAGCAAUGUUGCGGCCACUGCAGCUUCUUCUUCCGCGUCUCAGUUGCCAUCCCGAGGCGCAGCCACGCCAUCCCGGCUGGCGAAACAGAGUAACCAAUCUGGUUCUCCGGUGAAGAAACCUGAGUCUCUGAGGGCAGAGGAGCAAAAGGUGGCGAUGAAAGAUAAAUCAUCAAGAGAAGUUAGAAAAGAAGCUGGUGAGAACAGCAAUCCGGUAGUAGAGAAGCCUCCGGCUGCACGUUCAGAACAAGAAGAAGCUCAGGAGCAGAGAAGGAGAGAAGUAGAGAAACUUGCAGUGGUAGAUAGGGAUUCAAAAACAGCUCAGGGACAGCAGAAGAGCAAAGAAACCGAGAAACUUACACCGGAAGAAAAGAAGAAAGGUCUUAGUGAGGAUAUGGAAGAGAGAACUAAAACAGCUCAGGAACAGCAGAAGAGCAAAGAAACCGAGAAACUUGCAGUGGAAGAAAAGAAGAAGGGUUUUCAAAAGGACACUGAAGAGAAAACAAAAACAGCUCAAGAAACGGAGAAACUUGCGAUGGAAGAAAAAGAAAAAGUUCUUCAAGACCACAUGGAAGAGAAUUCAAAGACAUCUCAGGAACAACAGAGGAGAAAGGAAACCGAGAAACUUGCGGCUCAAGAAAAGAAAAAAGUUCUUCACAAGGACAUGGAAGAGAAUUCAAAAGCAGCUCAAGAACAACAGAAGAGCAAACUUGCAGUGCAAGAAAGACAUACAGCUCUUAAAACGGUGGGUACAGAAGAUGCGACGCAAAGCAAAACCACACAAAAUAUCACCGCAGCAAAAGAAGGAUCAUCUUCAAUGAGCAGAAAGAUCAAAGAAGACAUCAGAGACGGACUCAGCAAGCUUACUUGGGGGAAAAGCAACGGUGAUAACGAGAAAUCCGUGAGUGUCUUCACUCUAACAGGCGAAAACAGAGGAGCCAACAUGGCAAUAGGUUCUGAAAAAGACAAGAAAGACGGUGAGGUUCACAUCCGCCGUGGGUACAAAACUAAUCCAGACGAGAGUCCUGAGACCACAGCCACGGAGACCGAAGGAGGCACAAGACCCUACCCUAAAGACGUAGAAGAAGACGCUAGGGUUAGGGCAUACGUGAACGGAAACAGUCAGGGGGUCAACAACUCGAUUAUAUGCGAUAGUUCAGUGCAACAGAACGAUCCAGGCAUUCAUAUGAAUUUGAGGUUUGAAAAAUCAAAGGAAAAGGAUGAAACUAUUAGUCCACCGGAGAAAAAACCGGCGACGGAGAAGGUGUUGAAGUAUGAGCCGAGGGUAAGGAGGAGAUGCUUGAGAGGGUUGCUAGCAGAGUCGAGUCAGUCGGAUCCGGAGAAUCCCUUGAAGCCUAGGAGACAUGGUUGCCGCUUUACCUGUAAAGACAAAGAUAUUGAGAACACUUAAUUAUGUAAAUAUACUUUUAUUAAAUUAUGUGAAUACUUAAUUAUGUAAAUGCACCAUUUGAUCAUUGGCAAAAGGGAACAGAACAUGGAGUAUGAGUUCUUACAAAUGUUGUUGUUUAUUCAAUGAAUCGCACCAUUGAAUGUUGAAAACGUGGAGCGUCUUUUUUUUGGAAUUUUAGAGAAUUUCCUCUCCAACAAGAAUGUACAUCUUUUACUUUAACACCACCAAAAGAGUCUUUGAAACU